AUGGAGAAAAUGAAAGCAGCGCUAAGGCCUUUGAUAAGAUUGGAGAGAAGGAACCAUUCAUUGAGCUACCCAGAUUAUACUUUCGUUUUUGACGACGAAACUAAGUAUAUACAAGAUUGUGUAACAGAGAUUACAACUCUCAUGAAUUCUUUCACUGGUUCCAAGGCCAAAAUAAAAUUUGAACGUUUACAAUCAAGAUUGGUGCAUUGCCUUCAUAGAGUGGAUCUUCUGCCCAACGAUCAACUGACCAGUGAACAAGUUAAGCUAAAAGCAAAUCUGCUCAUGGAAAUUCUUAAUGCCUUAGAUACAUUAGUACUAAACAAGAUCCCAAUUUGA